GCGUGCGUGCGUGGGGAGUGAAAAAUGGCGGCAGUGUUGUUGCAAGUGUUGGAGCGGUCAGAAAUAACUAAACUCCCCAAAGCUGUUCAAAAUAAACUCGAAAAGGCUUUUUAUGAUCAGCAGUACGAGAUAGAUUCUCUGAAAGCACAACAGGAGCAAUUCCGAGUUGACAGUGAGCAACAGUUCUUUGAGAAGGUGAAACGGCUUGAGCAAAGCCAGGAGGAAUUUGUGACCCAGACACAAGAACACCACAAACUAAAAGAGGAGUUAUCCAAGUUUGACGAACAACUGAAGAGUGCUCGUGAAAAGAACAGGGAAUAUGAAGUUACCCAAGAAAAGCUCUCAUCUGAACAGGUUGCGCUGUCAAAAGCCAAAGAUGAACUUGAGUCAGAGAAGCGUGAGCUCGUUCGCACACUGGAGAGACGAUCCCAGGAUAUCGAAUAUUUGAGCGAGGACCUAAGGCGUGUAAAUGACAAACUGGUGGAGACCAACGCGUCCAAAAUGGGUCUGCAGGUCAAACUGGACGACCUUGAGAUAUCCGAGAUCAACAUCAAGUACAGGGAAAAGCGUAUGGAGCAGGAGAGGGAGCUGCUGAGGAGCCAGAUGGCCUGGCUGAACGACGAGCUGAAGGCCAAGAGCGAGGAGCUGCUGGCUCUGUCUCGACAGAAGGGCAACGAGAUCCUGGAGCUCAAAUGCAGCCUGGACAACAAGGAAGACGAGUUGAACAGGGUUCAAGACCAGGUGUCCAGUUUGAAGAUGGCAAACGAAAGCCUUCAGAAGCAGGUCGAAGACAUGAUCGUCAAGCUGAAAGAGGCCAAGGAACAGCAGGCCAGCAUGGAGGAGAAGUUCAGGAACGAGCUCAACGCCAACAUAAAACUCUCCAAUUUGUACAAGAGUGCAGCGUCUGAUUCCGACUCCAAGAGCGAGGAGCUGAGCUCUGCAGUGGAGGAACUCCACAAGCUUCUGAAGGAUGCGGGGGAGGCUAACAAGGCCCUGGAGGUGAGGCUGCAGGAGGCAGACGGUGCCACGGACAAGAUGGCUGCCGAGCUGAAGGAGAAGAUCCAGAGUCUGGAGAAGGAGCUGGAGAACGCCAACGACCUUCUGUCUGACGCCAAGCACAGAGGUCCCGGGGGAGCGGUCUCGAUGAUGUCAGAGGAGCGGUUGACCACCAUGUCACCAACGGCUGCUGCCGUGGCCAAGAUAGUCAAGCCUGGAAUGAAGUUGACCGAGAUCUACUCUGCGUACGUGGAGGCCCAAGAUCAGCUGCAGCUGGAGCGGCUGGAGAACAAGCGGGUUAACAAGUACCUGGAUGACAUCGUGCAGGAGGUGGAGGCCAAGGGCCCCCUCCUCAAACGGCAGAGGGACGAACACGAGCGCAUGCAGAAGUCCGUGGCCAGCCUGUCAGCCAAGCUGGAGCAGGCAGUCAAGGAGGUGCACCGGCUGCAGCGGGAGACAGACGAGUCCAACAAGCGCUCCUCCAUGCUGGAGAGGGAGAACCACAGAUGUGAGCUGCAGCUGACCGACAUGGCCCAACAGGUGCGCGUGCUGCUGCUGGAGCUGGAGGAGGCGCGGGGCAACCACGUGACCCAGGACGAGGAGCCAUGCUCGGCCGACGUCAGCAGCACGUCGGAGGUGAUCAGCCAGCACCUGGUGACCUUCCGCGGCGUGGAGGAGCUGCAGCAGCAGAACCAGCGCCUCCUGGUGGCUCUGAGGGAGCUCAGCGACGCCCAGGAGAAGGACGAGGUGGAGAUUGCCGGCUCCAAGCGUAGUGAGCUGGAGCAGAGUCUGCAGGAGGCCCAGGUGGAGCUGGAGGCCCUGAGGGGUCAGCGCAUCCAACAGAUGCAGCUGGCAGAGUCCAUCGUGAGGCAGAGGGACAUGUACCGCGUGCUGCUGGCCCAGGCCACCGGAGCCAGCUUCCCUCCGCAAGGACCCUCCGCCUCCGAGGAGUUCUCCCUGACCUCGACCCCUCGCCGCUCCCCCGCCACCACUCCCGCCACGCCCACCGGGUUGAUGAUGGCGAGCGAGUCGACGGAGGCCGCCGAGGCGAAGGCAGCACUGCGACAGUUGCAGGAGGUGUUCUCCUCCUACAAGCGGGAGCGGGCCGAGAGCGGGAAGGCCGUGACGGAGCAGAGUGAGAAGCUGCAGGAGCAGAUCUCUGACCUGCGCUCCCAGAACGCCAAGAUCUCCACCCAGCUAGAGUUCGCGUCCAAAAGGUACGAGAUGCUGCAGGACAACGUGGAUGGCUACAGGAAGGAGAUCGCCUCGCUCAGAGAGAAGGCCCAGAAGAUGGCCGCCACGGCCCAGAAGAACGAGCAGAGUGUCCACAGCCUGACCCAGGACCUGAGGGCUGCCCAGGAGAAGCUCACCAUGGCCGAGGGCUGUGCUGAGAACCUGCGCAGGGAGAGAGACCAGCUGAAGCUGGUGGAGGCUAAGAUGACCCAGGAGAAGGAGGCCAUGCAGAGCCAGCAACGCAGCCAGACCCUGCUGCUCAGCAACCUGCAGACCAUCCAGUCCACCCUGGAGCGCUCCGAGACCGACACCAGGCAGCGUCUGAGCAGCCAGGUGGAGAAGCUGGAGCGGGAGCUGUCCCAGCUGCAGAGGAGGCUGGAGCACGAGGUGGAGCAGAAGCACGUGCUCAGCAGGACCCAGGACGUGCAGCAGGUGGAGGCCAAGAGGCAGCUGGAGGCCCAGGUGUCCCAGCUUCAGAAGACCAGGGACCUGCUCAGCGCCGCCCAGCUGGAGGUCAACUCUCUGCGGUCGCAGUCUGUCCCCGGCGAGUCCCCCAGGCAGGCCCGCCUCUCCCUGGGCUCCCCCAUCGCCCUGGGCCCCCUUCCUCCAGGGCUCCAGAGCCCAGACCAGGAUGCAGAGCGCCUCCGGCAGGCCGAGGCCCGAGCAGAGGAGCUUUCGGAGCGGCUGAGGACCGCCACCUCUAGCCUGGAUCAGUACCGAGCCAUGGCCCACAGCCUGGAGGAGUCCUUGGACAAGGAGAAGCAGGUGACGAACGAGGUGCGGUCCUCCGUGGAGGAGCGUAUGAAGGAGGCUCAGGAGCAGCGCCGGCAGCUGGAGACCAGACUCCUGGAGGUCGAGAAGGAGAAGCAGGCCAGGCAGGAGGAGAGCAGGAGAGCCCUGGCUGCUGUGGAGCAGGAGAUGAGCCAGCUGACCAGCCAGCUGAGCAGUGUCAAGGCUGACCACAAGGAGGCGCUGCAAAGGCUUGACCUGGCUGCUUCCCAGGCCCAGCAGACUGUCCUGGACAGCAAGGAGCAGGCGCGCCUGGUGGCUGAGGCCCAGGACAAGUACGAGCGGGAGAUGAUGCUCCAUGCGGCGGAUGUGGAGGCGCUCCAGACAGCCAAGGCCCAGGUCCUGCAGGCGGAGCAGCUCCACCACCAGCUGCAGGAGCGUGCGGGCCAGGCCAGUGCCCAGCUGCUGGAGGCCCGCCUGUCCUGGGAGGAGCAGGAGAACAUCCUCAAGGAAGAGAUGUCCAAGGUGUCUGUGCGCUCGGAGGAGCUCCAGAGGCAGAACACCCUGCUCCACGAGCAGAUCCAGACCAUGAGCAGCAAGAUGGCCGCCACCCUGCAGCGGGCCACCGAGAGCCCCGCCGCCAUCUCCCUCGCUGAGGAGGCUAGGUCCCAGGAGCACGUCCUGGAGAUCCUCCGGUUUGUGCGGCGUGAGAAGGAGAUAGCGGAGUCGCGCUUUGAGGUGGCCCAGGGGGAGAGCCUGCGCCACAGGCUGCGGGUGGAGCACCUGGAGAGGGAGCUGAAGGAGAUGCAGGACAGCCUGACUGCAGAGAGGGAGAGGAUGCAGGUGACUGCCAAGACCCUGUCCCAGCACGACGAGCUGAUGAAGAAGACUGAGACCAUGAGCGUCCUAAUGGAGUCCAACAAGAUCCUGAGGGAGGAGAAGGAGAGGAUGGAGCAGGAACUACAGCAGGCCCAGGCCAAGGUGUGUAAACUGGAGGCAGAGGUGCUGCCCGUGCAGCAGGUCAACGCAGAGCUGAAUGAGAAGACCAGCAUGCUACAGGCAGAGAAGAAGCUUCUGGAAGACGACGUCAAGCGCUGGAAGGCCAGGACCCAGCACCUGGUGAGCCAGCAAAAGGACACAGACCCGGAGGAGUACAAGCGCAUGCACUCUGAGAAGGAGGUUCACCUGAAAAACAUCAAGGAGCUCAAGGAGGAGAAUAUCAAGCUCAAGGCGGAGGUGGCCAGGAGUGGUGGUUCCGUGACCUCCUUGCAGACCCAGGUGUCCAAUCUGCGUGAGAGCCUGGGCAGGCUGACCGCAGAGAGGGACUCCCUGAAGAAGGAUGUGGAGGCCAAGACCCUGGAGGUCCAGGAGAAGGGCCGCACCAUCACCCAGGUCAAGAAGAUCGGCCGGCGCUACAAGACCCAGUACGACGAGCUCAAGGUGGAGCAUGACAGGAUUGUGGCGGAGGCAGCGUCGGCCCCAGCCCAGGACCAGGAGGCCCGGCAGGCCUCGGCCCAGGAGCUGCAGGCCCUGAAGGGCUCCCUGACCCAGGCUGACAACCAGAACAAGGACCUGGAGAGCCAGCUGGAAAACCUCAACAAGGUGGUUGGAGAGCGCGAGGCGGAGGUGCGGGGUGCCCAGGAGCAGACUUCCCACCUGCAGGGGGAGCUGUCCCGGCUGAAGCAGGACCUGCAGGAGAAGGCCUCCCUGGAGGAGACGCUUCGUCAGCAGAUCAGCGACAAGGAGGAGAAGACCAGGAAGGCCUUACUGGCGGCCAGGCAGAAGAUCCACCAGCUGACAGGUUCAAAGGAGCAGCUUCAGAAGGAGAACGAGGAGCUGAAGCAGCAGCGGGAGGAGCUGGAGGUGAGGGUGAGCGCGCUCAAGUCCCAGUACGAGGGCCGUCUGAGCCGGCAGGACCGCGAGCUGAGGGAGCUCCGAGAGCAGCAGGAGAGACAGGAGCAGAGAGACGAGCCCAGGGACGAGGGGCCCAGCAAGGCCCAGGAGCAGCAGAGGAGCACAGAGCAGAGACAGAUCACUCUGAAGACCACCCCAGCAGCAGACAGGGGCAGUGCCAGCACCUCAGAGCCGCCCACUGCCAACAUCAAGCCCACCCCUCUGGUGGCCACGUCCGGCAAGCAGCCGGCCAUCCCGGGGAACAAGCCCACCCCCCGGGCCAGCAUCAGGCCCAUGAUCACCCCGGCAACCGUGCCCACCCCUACCCCCACGGCCACCGUCAUGCCCACCACACAGGUGGAGAACCAGGAAGCCAUGCAGUCGUCCGAAGCCCCGCCGGAGCAUGUGACGGUGUACGGCAGCGCCAGCGGCUCGGUCCGCUCCACCAGCCCCAACGUCCAGACCUCCAGCCCCAUGCUGGCCCUCCAGCAGGGCCAGACCCAGACCACCGCCUUCGUCCAGCCCACCCAGCAGCAGAGCACGCCCCACGCCGAGCCGGCCAAUCAGGAGCCGGCGGCGAUGGAGGCGGUGGGCAGCUCGCAGGUGGAGAGGCCCUCCACGUCCUCGGCCGUGUUCGGCACAUUCCCCCCCACCCCCGGCCCUUCCUCCAUGUCGAAGAGGCCUCGCGAGGAGGACAUGGAGACCUCCGCGGGAGACUCCGAGGCCCCCCAGGAGGCCCCUCCGGAGGACCCCUCCGAGCCCCCCAUCCCCAAGAAGAUCCGCAUCAUCCAGAGGGUGGGGCCAGAGGAGGAGGUGCUGGCUGAGGAGGGCCCCGAGGCCGAGGGACCCGCCACAUCAGAGCCUCUGGAGGCCCCAGAGACCAGCCAGCCGGAGGACUACCCCGUGUCGGAGCAGGCUGAGGAGCCUGUGGCCCAGCCCCUCCCCCUGGAGACGGCCCUGGCCCAGCCCCUCCCCCUAGAGAUGGCCCCCUCCCAGCUCCUCACCGUGGCGAUGAUCAGGUCCCGGCCCCUCCCCCCGGAGAUGAUCACGUCCCUGCCGGACGAAGACUUGGACGCCCCCGAGCAGCCAGAGCACGAAGUCAUCGUCAUCGUGAGUGACAGUGAGGACGAGGAGGAGGACGAGGAGGAAGAGGAGGAGGAGGAGGAAGAUGAAGAGGAGGAGGAGGAAGAGGAACAACAGGAUGACGAGGAGGAGGAGGAUGAAGAGGAGGAGGAUGAAGAUGGAGGGAUGGGCGAAGGAGAGGAGAGCAACGAAGGGAGCGGAGAGGGCAACGAGGCGUACGAAGGAGAGGACGCCGAGGGGGCUGAUGAUGUCACAGACCCGGGCACAGAGACAGAGGAGAGUCUGGGUGCGUCUGACUCCACCCAGCGAGCGGCCGACUCCCAGACACCCAGCUUUGAGAGCUCCAUGGAGGUCUUCUCCUCCGAGCCGAACACCUCUGCCUCCCGCAUGCCCCAGUCGCCACGGAGACCGCCCCUCUCUCUGCCCCCCCGCCUGAACAUCCUCCCUGCCCCCCCCCAGGAGCUGGGGCCCCCUGCACAGUUCCAGCGUAUUCCCAUCCGUCGGCCGUCAGUAGGCCGGGGCCUGCAGCUGACCCCGGGGAUGACCAGCAGCGCUCAACUCUUCUUCGAGGACGAUGACAGGAUGGUGCCCAGCACCCCGACCCUGCCUCUGCCUCACCGCUCUGACGGCUUCGCCGAAGCCAUCCACUCCCCACAGGUAGCAGGAGUGUCCAGGUUCAGGUUUGGGCUCCAGGAGGACGUGUCCCAGACCAGCAUGGCCUCCUCCUCCUCCUCCCACUCCGACCUGGGGCAGCUGGCCUCACAAGGAGGUCUGGGGAUAUACGACAGUCCUCUCUUCCUGGCUACUCAGGAGGAGGAGUCUGGGGGAAGGAGUGUAUCCACCACACCCCUGCAGGUGGCCGCCCCAGUGACGGUGUUCCCCGAGAUGUUGACCUCCGAGGGGCCGGUCAUGGCCUCCCAGUCCGUCGCCGUGGUGAGCACCUCCACCGUCUCCAUGGUGAGCACCUCCACCGCGGGCGUGGCAGGGCAGUCUGGGCCCGGCCCAGAGGAGAGAGACGACGUCUUCAUGGAGGGAGAGGGAGACAGGGCCAGUGUGGAGGCCUCGCUGGAGUCUGUGUCCCAGGGGGAGUCGGAGGAGCCCUUCCAGCCGUCAGACGAUGCCAGCCUGCCCUCCACCAGCCAGGAGCCUUCCUCCAGCUCUGCAGACCCCAGCAGCAGCAGCCAAUCCAGGGUGUCCAGACCCCCCAGACAGCUGCAGCGCUGGACUGACAACCGCGGGCGCACGAAGAGAGGUCAGACGAUGCUGUCUCGGGGUGUCCAUGGGAGACGAUUCGCCAGAUAAAGCACCAAUCAGACACUUCAACAUCAUUCCUGUAUCCGUGGCAUUGUCAUAGAAACAGAAUUCAUAGAAUAUGACCCCAACAGUCGACUUCUAGUCUAGGAAGGCAGACGUCCUGAGCUAUGUAGUGUACAUAUUUGAGAUCAACAAUAUAGCAAAUUGUGUUAAUCAUAAUGCCAUCUCAAAAUAGUUUUUUAAUCACUGGAGCAGUCUUAUAUAGCCUCUGAUUCUAUGACGCUGGUUAUCCUUAGUCCCUAUGAUGUGUGUGUGUGUGUGUGUGUGGUCUCCUCAAUCUGAAUCCUAGUUUUUGUACUUGUAAGGUUUGCAAAAGCAGUUCUGGCGGAAGCCAUUUGUUUUAUGGACAAUGCUAAUAAAGUUUGAAAAUCUGU